UGACUCCGCCAUUGUCAACCAAGUGCAGUUAACACGGAAAACCCAUCAAUUUUUCUUUAGAAAGUCUGCUGUUACCUAAAACAACAAGAAAAACGAGAAUUGAAUUCGUGUGAACCGAAGAGUCUGCUCCUGGUUGACUCAGGAACACAACAACACAAGCUGAAGUUUGAUGAAAGAACUAUUCAGAGGCUUAAGCUGAUUGAUUGUAUCUCAAAGAGUGGUAAUAGUAAUAAGAAUACAAAGAUGGGAUCUUUCAAGGGUCAUCUUCUAUCAGGAACAUUGUUUCUAGUUGUUGGGUUGUGGCACGUAUGGAGCUCUUUGGUUCGAUAUGUAUCGAACCCAAAAAAGUAUAAGGUUCAGGUUUGGAACCCUGUGCCUGGUUUUGAUGGAAGGCUUAAGUACUUGGAGCUUUAUAUUAUUGUGAUUGGUGCUUUUAUUGAUAUGUGUAUUGAGCUUUUGCAUUCGACCCACCUCGAAUUUUUUGUGAAUGGAGUCUUGAAUCCUUCCCACAUGAAUAAUUUCGAGCAUUCAGGGAUGCUCCUCAUGUUCUUCAUCUUUGGUUUGGUUGCCCUGCUCUCUCAGAAGACAAGGUUUCUUACCUUGCCAGAAGGAGCUCUUUGUUUGAUUGUCUCCUCAGCAUUCUGUGCUGAGUGUCUCCUAUUCUACUUUCACUCAACAACCCAUAAAGGCCUUGAGGGGUACUACCACUUUCUCCUUGUUCUCCUGAUAGGCUUUUGUGUACUGUCCACUGUUGCUGCUGCCCUCUUUCCAAGCAGCUUCCCAGUUGAUUUAUGCUGUGGCAUCACUAUAACUCUCCAAGGUCUCUGGUUAUAUCAGACUUCAUUCACUCUCUAUGGCUCCAUGAUGCCAGAAGGUUGCCAGCUAAAGGAAAACCAGAUCUCUUGUCACUCAAAAGACAGUGAGAUCCGAGGUGAGUUGCUUGCAAACUUCCAGCUCUUUGUACUGGUCCUUGGUGUCCUUGUUGCAGCUGUGGGAUCAUUUUGUUUUUUGGCUUCAAGAUAUGGGCAUUCUGAACUAGGGAGCUUGCAUGCAGUUCAGGGAGAAAUUAAUCAGGAAUAGUGAGGUAUACAAUAUCGAUUAUUUUCCAGUCUUCUGAAGCGGGGUAUAAUUUUUAUUUUUUUUAUAAGGAGGCAGGUCGAGGCAUGAAAUUGUUUUAUUCUUUUUGCAUAUCUUUUGAAUGUACAUCAACAUCUUGUAGAAUAGUUAUAGUUUAAAUAAGAACUUUUUGUAGGAUGAUCAAACUAAAACAGUAAUUUUGUCAAUGAAAAUUACGUGAUACUUUUUGUACCA